CUGGUGUUGGACAACCUGGUUACCCUGAGUGUGAUCGUGGCAGUUUUCUAAGGCCAUCUCAGGCUUCUUGCUGUCUGUGGCCCGAUACGAACAUUAGUGAAAAUUAGAUCUACUCGUUUUAGUUGCAUAUUUUAUAUUUGUUUCUUCUCUCUUUCCUCAUUCAAAGAUACAAAUUUAUUUUAUUUAAAGAUAGAAAAUGCAAGAAAGUAUAAGUAUGAAUACAUCUACUAUCAAACGGCUGCAUUUUGUGACUAUAUUAUUUGACACAUAAUCUUAUGGUUGUUUACAUACAACGUGUUUGAUGAAAUCCAAAUAAAUUAAUAAAUAUGUCAGAACAUGUGGAACUGCAGCAUCUAGUGGAUGCUGAUGUGGAAAAUAACACAACAAAUCAUAAAAGAAAAUUUUUUACUCUACUGUGUAAAUCAUGUCCCUAUAUGGGUCUAGUAUUAGCGACGCUGUCGUCUCUGUUCUUCUCACUAUGUAGUGUAAUCGUUAAGAGCUUAGUGGAGAUAAAUCCAACAGAAAUGGCAAUCUUCAGAUUCUUUGGGGUAUUAUUACCAGCUAUACCAAUUGUUAUUUAUAAAGGUGAACAUCCUUUUCCAAAAGGACAUAGACUAAUACUUAUUCUGAGGAGUUUUAUUGGUACAACAGGACUUAUGUUAAGUUUCUACGCAUUUAGACAUAUGCCGUUGGCCGAUGCUUCGGUUAUUGUAUUUUCUGUUCCUGUAUUUGUAGCAAUAUUUGCACGGGUAUUUUUGAAAGAACCUUGUGGAUUAUUUAACGUUGUUACUGUAUGUUUAACAUUGAUUGGUGUGAUAUUGAUAACACGACCGUCAUUAAUUUUUGGUCAUACCAUAGAAUCUCUCUCAGAUGGUCAAGUUAAGUCGGAACAUGCAGAUUUAUGGGGCGCUAUGGCUGCUUUCUCAGCUACUUUAUUUGGUGCAAAUGCAUAUGUUUUACUACGUGCGUUAAAAGGUCUUCAUUUCUCUGUUAUAAUGACAAAUUUUGGUUCAUUUGCUUUAAUUCAAACUACGCUUAUAUCAUGGGCAAUUGGUGCAUUAUGUAUGCCACAUUGUGGGUCAGAUAGAGUUUUAGUUGUUGCACUCGCACUGUUUAGUUUUGCAGGUCAAAUCUUAUUAACUUUAGCUCUUCAGAUCGAACAAGCUGGUCCAGUGGCCAUUGCAAGAUCUACAGAUAUUGUUUUUGCGUUUUUUUGGCAAGUAUUAUUUUUUAAUGAAAUACCAAAUAGAUAUUCUGUAGGCGGGGCUGUACUAGUCACUAGCUCAGUUUUGUUAACAGGCUUAAGAAAAUGGGCUCUCUCAUUACCGGAAACGUCAAAUAUAAAAAAAUCUCUUGGAAUCUUAAUGAUAUAAAUAAUGACUUUUUUAUUUAGAGAAGAAAGGAACUAAAGUAGACUACAAUAAAAAAGAUGCCCAAGAAGUAAUUAUAUAUGAAAAAUAUUGUUACGAGUGAUAGCAAUUUAAACGUUUGCUUUGUGAAUUUAUAUGUAAACGUAUUCUAGAUCUAUUAGUUCUGUUAUUAAAAAAUUCCAAUGAUUAUUUGAAAAUUAUAAUAUUAAA